AUGGCAGCGUUACAAGGCCAUCACGAGGCCAUCGCUCCUCUAGGGAAUCUGAACCCCGGUUUACGUAUUCUCGUGAACGUGAAUGGUCCUAACGUUAAUGGGACUCCCAUGAAUGUGAAUAGCCUGGGGAAAGAUCCAAACUCCCCACAUAAAAUUGUUGUGAAAUGUUGCGAGGAUUUAAAGAAUUAUUCACGACAUAUUGACAAGCAAAUUGAGAAACAAACAUCAAAAGAAUUAGAGAAUAAUCAGUUGCGGCUCAAAACCUCAAUAGAGUGUGCUCAAUGGCUAGCAUUCCUAGCUUAUGCUUUUAGAGGUCAUGAUGAAAGCCUUGAUUCAAAAAAUAUAGGUAAUUUUAUUGAAUUGAUAAAAUUCACAUCAACUUUUAAUGACAAAGUAACUAGUGUUGUCUUGAAAAAUGCUCCACGAAAUGCCAAAUAUACAUCACCCACAAUUCAAAAGGAGAUUUUGCAUAUUCUUGCUAGUAAUGUACAAAAUGCUAUUCAUAGAGAAAUUUGGGAUGCAAAAUUUUGCAUUCUCAUUGAUGAAGCCCGAGAUGAGUCAAAGAGAGAGCAAAUGGCCAUUAUUUUGAGGUUUGUUGAUAAAAGUGGUUUCAUUAGAAAGCGUUUCUUUCAUGUUGUGCAUGUUAGAGAUACUACUGCGUUGACCCUAAAGAAGGAGAUAUGUGUUGUCCUUUUUCGUUACAACCUUCACAUUGAGAAUAUUCGAGGUCAAGGGUAUGAUGGAGAUAGUAAUAUGCGUGGUGAAUGGAAUGGAUUACAAGCUCUAUUUAUUAAAGAAUGUCCAUGUGCUUAUUAUGUACAUUGCACGACUCAUAGGUUACAAUUGGCUUUAGUUACAGCAUCUAAAGAAGUAAAAGUUAUUCAUCAAUUCUUUGAUCAUUUGACUAAUAUUAUCAAUAUUGUCGUUGGUUCUAGUAAGUGUAAUGAUGAAUUGCAAUAUGCUCAAGGGAACACAAAUUGA